UAUAGUGAAUGCAGGGUCCGGGGAGAGCGAUAUAGUGAAUGCGGGGUCCGGGGAGAGCGGAUAUAGUGAAUGCGGGGUCCGGGGAGAGAUAUAGGAUAUAGUGAAUGCGCAGGGUCCGGGAGAGCGGAUAUAGUGAAUGCAGGGACCGGGGAGACGGAUAUAGUGAAUGCGGAUAAUAUAGUGAAUGCGGGUCCGGGGAGAGCGGAUAUAGUGAAUGCGGGGUCCGGGGAGAGCGGAUAUAGUGAAUGCGGGGUCCGGGGAGAGCGGAUAUAGUGAAUGCGGGUCCGGGGAGAGCGGAUAUAGUGAAUGCGGGGUCCGGGGAGAGCGGGAUAUAGUGAAUGCGGGGUCCGGGGAGAGCGGAUAUAGUGAAUGCGGGGUCCGGGGAGAGCGGAUAUAAGUGAAUGCAGGGUC